AUGCCGACCAUUACCCGCGAGUCCCGCAUCAUCGGCGCGCUGCUCGGCCUCCACGCCGGCGAUGCCCUCGGCGCAACCGUCGAGUUCCAGAGCCACGGCUCCAUCAAGGCCGCCUACCCGCCGGGCCACAGCAGCACCCUCGGGAGCAUCACUGGCGGCGGCGUCUUCCGCUGGACGCCCGGCCACGCCACCGACGACACCGACAUGACCCGCGGCGUGCUCCUCGCCUACCUCGACUGCCUGACCGACGCGGCCCACGCGCACGACGACGUCGCGACGCGCGCCGGCCGCUACUUUCUCAAGUGGCGCAGCGGUGAGUGGCCGGGCCGCGCGCCCGGCUCCCGGCCCGUUGAUAUCGGCGCCGCGACCGACGACGGCCUCGCGCGCUUCGCCAAGACGCUUGAUCCGGAAAAGGCCGGCGCGGGGCAGGGCCGCGCCGGCAACGGCAGCUUGAUGCGGUGCCUGCCGACAGGGCUGUUCCGCGCCGCCGCCGCCGCCGGCGACGCACAGCGGUUAGUGGCAGAGAGCAUGCGCAUCAGCCGCAUCACGCACGACGACGCGCUGUGCACCGUGUCGUGCGCCGUGUACAACACCAUCGUCGCGGAGCUGGUGCAGGGCCGCGGGCCCGAUGCCGCCGUCGAUGCCGGCAUCCGUCUAUGCCGCAAACUCGAGCACGCGCAGCCGCCUCCUCAGGAUAAGAAGAAGACGACGACGUCGCCGCCAUCGGUGCUCGGCGCGCUCAAGCUCGGCACGCAGCUGCGGUUGCAGGGGCUGGCGCGGUUUGGCCCGCCGCCGAGCGCGAUGCCGGGCGAGUGCAGCGGCUACGUGCUGGACUCGCUGUCGGUCGCGGUCGCGGCGCUGCUCGACCCCCGCUGCCUCGAGGACGUGCUCGUCGAUGUGCUGCGCAUCGGCAAGGACACGGAUACGAAUGCGGCGAUUGCGGGCGGGCUGCUGGGCGCGCGCGACGGCGAAGAUGCCAUUCCCCGACGGUGGCAAGACAAGCUGCAGUUUGGGAAAGAGUUUCGCACCAUUGCGACCAGCAUCAUCCGAAGCCAGGACACGAAGUAA